GGCACAAUUAAGAUUGAGAACUUGAUCUAUAAAUAAUCUGGAUCUUGUUGAAAAAUCUGGCUUUCGAAAGAGCUAUAUUUUAUUCCAGUAAUCAUGGCAGACAAUUACGAGCAUUCUAAUAAGAGACAAAGGACUGACGAUGGUUCUAGAGGGGAAAUUGAGAAUCGUUUUAGGCCUGCACCUUCACCCUGCGUUCAUGUGCGAGGCCUCUCAGAACAUGCCAUUGAAGGGGACUUGGUUGAGGCAGUACAACACUUUGGAACUGUCAGAGAUGUUAUGCUGAUGCCAAGGAAACGUCAAGCACUUAUAGAAUUUGAGGAUCUCAAUGGUGCUAAAAACUGUGUGGAUUAUUGCUUGCAGGGGAAUUCUAUUUAUGUCGCUGGACAGCCCGCUUUCUUCAACUUCUCUCUCAGCACCAAGAUUCAGAGACCAGGGGAAGAGGAUACCAGACCACCGAAUCAUGUACUUCUGUUCACCAUUUUGAACCCACAGUAUCCCAUUACAGUAGAUGUGAUGCACACUAUUAACAGUCCAUAUGGUCAAGUGCUGCGAAUAGUCAUCUUCAAAAAGAACGGUGUUCAGGCUAUGGUUGAAUUUGACACUGUGGAUUCUGCCAAGCGUGCUAAACAAUCUUUGAAUGGAGCUGAUAUUUAUUCGGGCUGUUGUACACUAAAAAUAGAAUAUGCUAAGCCUGCUCGCUUGAAUGUGGUUAAAAAUGAUAAUGACAGUUGGGACUACACUAAUCCUUCACUGGGAGCAGAGAAAAAUGGAACUUGUUUGGCCAGGUCAUGUAAUGACUUAGGUAAAGAAUCACCGGUUCGUGGUCAACCACUUUUACAAGAGCCUCGUUUUGGUAGUGCUCCAGCUCCUUAUAAUGGCCCAGCUGGCACUGGUUUUGGCGGAGGCCCUGGAGGUCCACCUGGUUUUGGUGGCGGACCUGGGCAUUACUAUGAUGAGGGAUUUGAUGGCUAUGGAAGACCAGGUCCAUUUGGUCCAGGUGAACGCUUUGGACACAAAAAUGGGCCUGAGAGGUAUAUUCGUGGUCCCACUGUUAACUAUGAGGGUACUGCUGGAGCCCAAGGUGCUGUCUGCAUGGUCUAUGGCCUUAACAUGGAUAAACUGAACUGUGACAAACUCUUCAACCUGUUUUGUCUCUAUGGCAAUGUUGUCAGGAUCAAGUUCUUGAAGAGCAAAGAAGGUUCAGCCAUGGUCCAACUGGGUGAUCCAAUCUCUGUUGAAAGAGCUAUUGCUAACUUGAAUAAUGCAUUCUGUUUUGGAAACAAACUUCAAUUAAGCAUGUCCAAACAAGCCUUUCUGCAAGAAGUUCCCAAUCCUCAUGAUCUUUAUGAUGGGACAAUAUCCUACAAGGACUACAUGGGCAACAGAAACAAUAGGUUUGCCAAUCCAGAAGCUGCACAGAAAAAUCGUAUUCAGAGUCCAUCCAAAAUUUUACACUUUUUUAAUGCUCCACCCACCAUUACAGAAGCUGAAAUUUUUGAGUUAUUUGAAAAUGCUACUGGAAAGCGUCCAUUAAAGAUGAGACUGUUCCCAUCAAAAACUGAACGUAGUAGUACUGGCUUGAUUGAGUUUGAGAACAAAGCUGAUGGCAUGGAGGCUUUGAUUUUGGUGAAUCACACUCCCAUCAAUUGUGCAGGUGGUAAGACUCCAUUCAUCUUCAAGUUGUGUUUCUCAUCCAUGCCCAUGGCUAUGUAAAUGUGCUCCCAGUGUGUGUCAUCAGUGUUUCCUGUCAACAGUGUUGUUUUUAAUGAGAUCAAAACUUUGUUUACAAUGCAAUUUGUCAAGGUCGCUGUUGUCUAGAUGUUGACUUAGGUACUACCAUACAAUAAAUGAACUGGAUAUAUCUGGUUGGAUCUUGAUUUCUUUUCUUUGAUGAAUGACAGUGUACGUUUAUUUUAUAACAUUUAAGAACUGGAUAUAUCUCGGUUCAUAUUUUUUUUUCCGGGAAUAAUUUUUGUUUAUUUUAUAAUAUAUAAUUAAGAACUGGAUAUAUCUGGUUUGAUCUUGAUUUCUUUUCUGAAUGAUGGUGUAUGUUCAUUUUAUAUUAUAUAAUAAAGAACUGGAUAUACCACC